AUGUUGUCUAAACCGGACCCUACAGAAUUGCUGCAAAACUACCUGGUUGCACUCAAUCUCAAUCCCGUUAGGACGAAGGGCUGCACUUCAGCCGUGCUCAAUGCCCUUGGUGAGCUUAUCGCGUCCAUUAUCGCCAAGGACAAGGAUCCCAGCACUGGCAGCUAUCUGAGUCCGCGUAUUGUGAAAAUGGGUCUGUACGGCCUGUUCGUGUCUGGUCCUUUGUCGCACUACCUGCUGGAUAUGCUGCAGCGGGCGUUCAAGGGCCGCACAUCCGGCACCGCCAAGCUCCUGCAGAUUCUCGCCAGCAUGACGAUUAUUUCGCCCAUCACAAACACGGUGUUCCUGGUGUUUAUGGCCAUCUUUGCCGGCGCCCGCACCCCUGAGCAGAUCUACGCAUCCUGGAAGCUCACCAUCUUGCCGGUCAUGCGCUCCACGUGGUGCACCUCGCCUUUCCUCAUGGCCUUUGCCCAGAAGUACGUUCCCAAGUUCGCGUGGACUCCUUUCUUCUCGCUGUUUGCCUUCUUCCUCUCCACCUACAACAAUGUUCAGGUCAAGCGUCGCCGGAAGGCUCUGCUUGAGGAGCAACAACGCAAGCACAAUAAGCAAGAGUAA